UAACAGAGUCCAGGAACAGGGUCUAUCCAAUACAGGGAAUCACAGGAAACACACAUAGCAACAAGUAGACCCGACAAACAAGAACUGAAUGGACUAGGGCUUUUAAAGACAGGUUAACAAGGGAAAUCACAAAUUAACAGGGACACAGAAAACAUGUGGAGGGAACAGCACAAAGAAAUGUGUGAGUUUGUAUAGCGUGUUGUCCUGCUGAUUUCCAAGUAAAAAACAAAGCUUAUCGUUCUCUUCAAUCAGGAACUCUGGAACUCACCAUGUGCUUCUGUUUCUCAAUCACACAAUGUUUGGGUCCCUCCUCCUGCUUGCCUGUCUGUUUCUACAUCUGGUAGACUCGAUACCUCAGCCGGCCUGCCGUCGAUGUUGUGACCACCUCCCACCACUAGAUGACGCUGCGACGCUCAGAGAAAGCAUACCUGCGAUGCCUGAGGUCCGCACAUACAUCAACAUGACCAUUCUCAAAGGUGACAAAGGUGACCGUGGAGAAAGAGGAACUCCUGGGAAGCCUGGGAUUGAGGGUUCCCCGGGACCACGGGGGACUGAAGGCCUCAAAGGAGCUAAGGGACAGGCCGGAGCUCCAGGUGAUGCCUGCAAAACCCAGCAUUCUGCUUUCUCAGUGGGCCGCCGGAAGUCCCUUCACAGCGUUGACAACUACCAGGCCCUGAUCUUCGACACCAUCUUCGUGAACUCCCCCGAACACUUCGACAUGUUUGCAGGGAAGUACCGCUGCCACAUCCCAGGAAUCUACUUCUUCAAUGUGAACAUCCACACGUGGAACCGCAAGGAGACGUACCUGCACAUCAUGCACAACGACAGCGAGAAGGCCAUCGUCUACGCUCAGCCCAGCGACCGCUCCAUCAUGCAGAGCCAGAGCGUCAUGCUACCUCUGCGCGAGGGUGACCAGGUCUGGGUGCGUCUCUUCAAACAUGAGCGCCAGAACGCCAUCUACAGCGACGACGUGGACAUUUACAUCACCUUUAACGGAUACCUCAUCAAACCAGAAACUGAGUGAGACCAGAAACGGCGACAGGAAGGAGUGAAAGGGAUGUUUAUGGACAUGAAGUAUGAAAACGUGCCAAAGUGUUUGACGAGUGGAGCAGCUUUAACAAGAACGAAAAGCAUCCAGACAUUUCAUAUUCGGUUUCUGCAGUCCAAACGAAAUUCCUAAUGCAGAGAAAUCAGCUUUUCUACUUCAGUGUGGGGUCUUAUAUGAAGAGAACCGUGAAAGUUGUAGUCACAUUUCACAUUAGGACACUUACAACGCAAGUUAGUAGUAUACGUAGAAGAAUAGGGUGACCAUACGAGACAUUUUUACAGGACGUACCCUUGCAAGGAUUUCUAUAUUGUCUAAAAUAUUC